AUGUUCAUUAUCGUUUCGAACAUCCAUCCUGUUACACAGGCUGCUCAGAAAGCACUCAAUGAUGAUGCUGAUAGAAAAAUGCUGGAUUACGCCAAAUUGAGAAACAGAGCCAAGAAAGAGCAUGAGCAGAGUAAAAGGAUCGACUUUGUUGCCGAGCUUCCAAUGGAGAUUGUUAUUUCAAGGCUCAUUCCAAUGUUCAUGGAUCAAUAUAUCCAUUCAUGGGGACCAUGCCAAUACUUGAAUGUAUCGAGACGAUGGCGCGUGCGGAUUGUUGAAUGUUUUCGAGGAUUGUAUUUUUGGGUGCCUUAUGAUGUGGAGCGCAAUUAUCUGUGGUCACCGCUUAUUCAGUAUCCUCAGUAUGCAAAAGCGUUGUACAUUGAAAGGUACCGCAAAUGGUGGACGGAUGAUUUAUUACGAGGGCUCAACCUUUGUUCGUUACGAGAGCUUGUUGUUAAUGGCCCGGAUGAUACCAUAGAUCGUUUACUUCCGACAUUGAGAUCAACCUGCAAAACCCUGAGGCGUCUUACCGUAUACCCGCAUGUAUCCUUAUACGACCUUUUAUUGGCUUUCCCCAAACUCGCCUCCUUGACCCUAUCCGAAUGCCAUCAUCACUCUUUCAACUCUAUCGGAUUGACAACAUGGCCCACUCUCACAGCACUCUCCAUAAGCUGUGUAUCAAGCAAUAUGACAAGCAAUAUGACGUGUGAUGAAGUAACAUUGAUUUGCAAGAGUUUUCCUGCACUUAAAGAGCUUGAACUUUGUGCAUGUGCUGAUAUGCAAUGUGUUUUCGUUGUCUCGGAUGCUUUUCCCUCUUUCACAUACCUUUACAUUUUGGUCUACAACAAUGCUGUUAGGCUAAAGUAUACGGAUCAAGGACAACGACAGCAUGCACAAGGGAUAACACAUCUUGAUCUCUGGGGUUCCACACAGCCAAACAUCACUUGCAAGGACAUCUUUUCGUUAUUAAACAAGCAUCGUACAUCACUCGAGUUCCUGGAGUGGAGGCUGACCCUUGACAAGGAUGAUCAUGACGUGUUCGGCAUAGCGUAUCCUCGUCUCACAAAACUUUUACUCGGUUGUUCAGGAUGGUGGAUACUACGUAACGUUCCCCUGCUUGAGGAAUUGCAUAUAACAUGUGACACCAUCGUGGACCAUCCUGCUGUGCUUGAUAGGAUACCAGCCAAUCUUCAAAAGUUAAAGAUGGACCUUACUCCCUGCUCCCCAUUCCCAUAUAUGACAUCCAUCACACGCUUUUUCCAGCUCCACGAUGCACGAGCUUACUGUUUGAGCCAGCUUAUCAUACACACCCACAAAAUGAAAGAUGUCGAGAUGAUGCUUGAAAGUAUUUGUCACUUGAAUCAACUUGAGCGUUUGAUGAUCUGCUAUUUGACUUGGGAUGUCUCCCCAAUGGAAACGUUUAUUGAUCAACUUGCCAACGGAUGCCAUCGUUUAUCAUGCCUCAAGCUCUUUUGUCGCACAAUGCCAUCACAACAUGCUGUCGAUGCGUUGAAACGGCUUGAGUACUUAAACCACUUUGCAUUUGACGUUGAAGAAAGGGAUCGUAGCCGCGGGAAGUUUUGGGAUGCCAUUGAAGCAUUGACUCAGCUCAAGUGUAUUGAGGUUUACUGCAGAAAGAUGUUCCAACUUUCGGAAAUGAGACGCGUUAAGCAAAAAAGACCAGACAUGGAGGUGAUUGUUAACAGGAAGGUCUUGCCUUUUUGA